AUAUAUAUAUCUCUAGUCUCUAAAGAUAUUUUGGAAGAGAAGAUUCAUCAAAAAAAAAAAAAGAUAUUAAAGGACCAUUUUAAGGAAGUGAGAACAAAAAAGUAGUUGUAACGAUGGAGAAGUAUGAGAUGGUGAAGGAUUUGGGAUUUGGUAAUUUCGGUUUGGCUCGGCUUAUGCGUAAUAAGCAAACAAACGAGCUUGUGGCUGUCAAAUUCAUCGAUCGAGGCUAUAAGAUAGAUGAGAACGUUGCAAGAGAAAUAAUCAAUCAUAGAGCUCUCAACCAUCCCAAUAUUGUUCGGUUUAAAGAGGUUGUUCUAACUCCGACACAUCUUGGGAUUGUAAUGGAGUACGCAGCUGGAGGAGAACUAUUUGAUCGGAUAUCUAGCGCGGGUCGAUUUAGUGAAGCUGAGGCAAGAUAUUUCUUUCAACAACUCAUUUGUGGAGUCCAUUACUUACAUGCCAUGAAAAUAUGCCAUAGAGAUCUGAAAUUAGAAAAUACAUUGCUUGAUGGAAGCCCAGCACCACGUUUAAAAAUUUGUGAUUUUGGCUACUCAAAGUCUUCUGUUCUGCAUUCCAACCCAAAAUCAACGGUGGGAACUCCGGCAUAUAUAGCACCGGAAGUUUUUUGUCGAUCGGAAUACGAUGGAAAGUCAGUUGAUGUGUGGUCUUGUGGAGUGGCACUCUAUGUUAUGUUAGUAGGAGCUUAUCCUUUCGAAGACCCUAAAGACCCUCGCAAUUUCCGAAAAACUGUUCAGAAAAUAAUGGCUGUGCAGUACAAGAUUCCAGGAUAUGUUCACAUAUCAGAAGACUGCAGAAAGUUAUUAUCUCGUAUAUUUGUUGCCAAUCCGUUACAUAGAAGUACGCUUAAAGAGAUUAAGAGUCAUGCAUGGUUCGUAAAGAAUUUGCCAAGAGAACUAAAGGAGUCAGCACAAGCUAUUUAUUACCAAAGGAAUGUUAAUCUUAUUAACUUUUCUCCUCAAAGAGUAGAGGAGAUUAUGAAGAUAGUUGGUGAGGCAAGAACCAUUCCAAUCCUUUCUCGCCCGGUCGAAUCGCUUGGACCAGGUAAGAUAGAUGAUGAAGAAGAAGAAUAUUUGGAUGCUAAUGAUGAAGAAUGGUAUGAUGAUUACGCAUAAACAAUAAAAAUGUAUUUCAUGUUGUCAAAUUAUGAAGUAUUUGUAAUUUUAUAUGUGAUCUUUGGUUUUUCUUUUCCUUGUUGGUUUAGUGAACAUAGUAACAAAAUUAGUGUAAAGGUUUUGUUUUAAGAAAACGUUUGGUAACUUAUGUU